GCUGUCUGAUAUUCUUGUCCGACCCCGACAUGCGUUUCCCACUGAUCUGAUCUUACGCAAAACGCAGUUCGCUCGCCAACGGUUACGAGUCUCGGCCGAGUCAAAACUAAGACAAGAACGCCAAGAACCGAAAGAGCCAAGAAGUAGAAAAAGAGAUGACGAGGACCGAUCGUGAUAAGCUCCCCUAGUUGGGUUUUCCAAUCGCCCCCCAGAUACGCCACCUCUCUCCUCCUUCCCCCAUGGCUCACCACCACCACCACCACCACGCGCCGGCGCCGCCGCCGCCGCCGCCAGCCCCGGCCCCCUGCUGCUGCGGCGGCCACUGCUGCAGCUCCGGCGCAGCCCACCACGGGCCGCCUCAGCCGCCGUUAGACCCGCUCGUCGAAGCCCUCCUUUCGCGCCUCCUUCAACCUCCUCCCCUUCCUUCUCCUCCUCCUCAAAAACCCCACGACCCGUUUCCGCGGACCCACCAAGAAACGAGCUUCGGUCAACCCCAUCACCACCGCCACCCGCGACGGCAGUUCGGGCAAGACCCGCAUUCCGUCUCCUCUCUUCUCGAUCGCAUCGACGCCCUCGAAUCCUCCCUCCGUUCCUUCUCCGUCGCUUCUCCUCCUCCUCCUCCCGCUUCCUGUCGCGGCUGCCGUCGGCGCUUCUCUCUCAGGGACGCGGCCGCCAGCGUCAUCCAGGGCCACUUCCGCGCCUUCCUCGUCCGCAGAUCCAGAGCCCUCCGAGACCUCGAGCGCCUUGCCUCCAUCAAGUCCGCCUCCCUCGCCCUCCGGUCCUCCGUCUACGCCUCUUCCCACCUCGAUCUCGAUCGCGUCUCCCGGAAAGUCACCGCCCUGCUGCUUCAGCUCGACUCCGUUCAGGGUAAUAGUCCUGUGAUUAGAGAUAGUAAAAGGAAGAUUAGCAGGGAUUUGGGUUGCUUGUCGGAAUACAUUGACAGUGUUGCUGUGAAAAGAUAUGAGAUUUCUUAUAAGGCCAAGAAGAGUGUGAAAUCUGUGGGAGGCAGGAGCAAAGCGAAGGACUUGAGGGAUCAGAGAGAGGUGGUCAAGAACCUGAGGACGAGGGUCGAGAGAGUCCACGAGUUGUCUAGGGCUUUAGAAGAUGAUGCUGGGAAAGAUGUGGAGCUUGAAGGGUUCCAUGAUUUCGGCGAUGAUGGAGAAGUGGAUGAUGGGAGGGUGAGCAGGGUGCUGUCAGGGAAAAGCCGUGGAGUGAAGAAAGUUGUGAGCUUCGCAGAGGAUGGAAAUGUGUAUAGGAUCAUCAGCAGCAAUUCUGACGAGGCGAGCUCGAGUGGGGAUGAUCAGGAUGGUAUCAGUGGUGGAGAGGUUUUGGAGGAUUUCCGAGCCCACAAUGAGGUUGAAGAGAUGAAGGGCUCUUCUUAUGUGGCCGAGGAGGAGGAUGAUGACGAUGAUGACGAGGAAGAAGCUGAGGAGAGUGGGGAGUCCCUGGAGGGCAGUGAUGGAGAAAAACACCAGGGAAGGGUGAGGAGUGAAGGUAAAGUUGACGGUCGAAGGGGAUACAAGGGCCAGAACAGUAAGUUCACAUUCGCUGCUCCAGUACCUGAGAAGAUGGAAUCGAGAGCUGAUUUGGUGAAAAACAGAAAGAAUGUGAAGAUCGUAACAUCACAGCAAUAAGCCAAUAAAACUUGCAAUCAACUUUUGGUUUCGGCAAUUAUGCAGCUGUUGACUUGGCCAUUCGAUUAUGAUUUGUGGCACCUUUUCAGGUGAUUGUUUCUUUAGAUUGAUUGAGAUAUAGGCAAGUGCAUCUGUGGUUGAGGUAAUCUUCUUGUUUUCAGGUUGGGCAGAACAUCACAAUUUUCUUCAUGGACAUCCCGUGGCUGUAACAUGUAUGCCGUUGUUGCUUUGAUCAUUCCGAGAGAUAGAACAUUGCUUACAUUUUCAUCGACAUCCUGUGGUUGUGACAUGUAUGCUGUUGUUACAUUCUAAUGUUCUGAUUAGUGUGAUGAGGGAACCCCGUGUAUUAUGGUGUCCUCCUCGUUCUCUGA